GCCGCCCUCGCCCGCCCCCGGCACCGCCCCGUCCUGUCGCCGCGGCGACGUGGUGUCCGGCGGCGGCGGCGAGGCGGCAGCGGGGCGCAGGGAUGUGGCUGGCGCUGGCGGCGGCGCUGCUGGCGGCGGCGGCGGCGCAGUACGAGCGCUACAGCUUCCGCAGCUUCCCGCGGGACGAGCUGAUGCCGCUCGAGUCCGCCUACCGCUACGGCCUCGACCAGUACAGCACCGAGAACUGGCCCGAGAGCGUCAGCUACCUGGAAGUGAGCGUGCGGCUCUACCGCCUGCUGCGCGACAGCGAGGCCUUCUGCCACCGCAACUGCACCGCCGCCGCGCCGCCCCCGGCCCCCGCGGUCGGCGGCGGCGGGGCGCUGGCCGAGCUGCGCCUGGUGGCCGCGGUGCUGCGGCGGGCGCAGUGCCUGCGGCGCUGCAAGCAGGGGCUGCCCGCCUUCCGGCAGGCGCAGCCCAGCCGCGACCUCCUCGACGACUUCCAGCGCCGCGAGCCCUACAAGUACCUGCAGUUCGCCUACUUCAAGGCUAAUAACCUUCCAAAAGCUAUUGCAGCAGCUCACACAUUUCUUCUGAAGCAUCCAGAUGAUGAAAUGAUGCAAAGAAAUAUGGCCUACUAUAAGACCAUGCCUGAUGCUGAGGAGCAUAUUAAAGACUUGGAAACAAAACCCUAUGAGAAUCUCUUUGUCAGGGCUGUGAGAGCAUACAACGGUGACAACUGGAGAACGUCCAUCUCAGACAUGGAACUGGCUCUUCCUGAUUUCUUCAAAGCCCAUGAUGACUGUACAGCAGCCUGUGAAGGCUCCCGAGAGAUCAAAGAUUUUAAAGAGUUCUAUCUCUCCAUUGCAGAUCAUUAUAUUGAAGUCCUUGCAUGCAAAGUGCAGUGCGAGAGUAAUCUGACACCCAUUAUAGGAGGCUUUGUUGUCGAGAAAUUUGUGGCAACCAUGUACCAUUACUUACAGUUUGCCUAUUAUAAAUUGAAUGACAUGAAGAAUGCAGCCUCUUGUGCUGCUAGUUACCUUCUGUUUGACCAAAAAGAUGAAGUAAUGAAACAGAACAUGGUCUAUUAUCAAUACCAUAAAGACAAAUGGGGACUCAAGGAAGAAGAUUUUCAGCCCAGAUCGGAUGCAGUUCGAUACCACAACAUAACCACACUCCAGUUGGAAAUGUAUGAAUUUGCAAAGCAGCAUGUGAUGGAUGAUGAUGAGGGUGAAGUUGUGGAAUUCCUUGAUGAGCUGUUAGAAGUAGAGGAGAAGAAUGAAUCCUGAUAAGUGAAGCUGUCAUGAAGUAUUUUACAAAAGCAAAGUGCUCCCUACUAUUGUUUUUGGUUACCUGUAGUUCCAGUUAGAUAUACCUCAAAGCUGCUCCUUUAAGUGCCAUCAUGUGUCACAAGAUCCACUCCUGAAAGAUCACUGCCAUGCUGCACUGACUCUUUCACGAGCUUUUCACUGUGCGUUUUCAGAAUUGGUGCAUAUGGAUUUUCCUCUUGAGCUUUCCUGCCUUACACAAACACAACGAAACAGACUGUUCAUAUUUUCUGGGCUAACAACUAAGAUUCCUCAUUUCAAUGCUGUUCAAUUAAGUUGUAACAGUAUAGCUGAAUUCUGAAGAACUUUCGUCAGAAUAUGAACUGAGGAAGAUAUAACAGUUCCUCUAGACUUUCUGAGCUAUGUAAUUGUAUUAUUUAUAUAUGACAUUUUUUCUAUGAUAAAGUGAUAAAGUGUAGCAAAUAAGAACUUAUAUAUAGGUGAAAGAAGAUGAUUAACAAAGAACAGCUAGUGAUCUUCUAAAAAUUGCUUUAAGAAUUCUGUAUGUGGUUUUGAUCUUUCUUAAAACUAUAUAAAAUUCCAUGAUGUGAAACUGAGGUCACUUAGAAAUGAUGCAAUAAAUAAAUCCUUCCUCCUA